AUGGGUUCCCAAUUGAUCCCCGCUACAGCCCCCUGGGACGCAGUCUCAGCCCAGGAACAGCUCUUCGUCUUAAUUACAGGCGCCAACAGUGGCAUCGGCCUCAGCAUUGGAGAACGACUCAUCGACGAAUUUCUCGCUACACGAUCCUUACGCUCGCAUCUUAUCCUCAUCCCCACCACACGGUCCAAAUCCAAGUCCUUACAGACGAUCAAGGCUCUUCGUGACUAUGCACGGAAAGCGGCGCAGACUUCUCAAGCACUGCAAUCAAGAGUAGGAAGCUCUUAUCGCUGGCAGGACACGGUUGCGAGAGUGCAUGUGUUGAGCUUGCAGGUUGACCUUUGCGACCUACGUGGGGUAUACGCCUUUGCGGAUGCGCUGGUGCAUGGGCCAGUGAGCAACCCUGAGGGAUUGGAGGGCGAGUAUCUUAAGAAUGUGCGCAUUCCACGAUUGGAUACUGUGGUUUUCAACGCUGCGUAUGGUGGUUGGUCAGGGGUCAACUAUCCCAAGGCCAUAUGGGUUAUCUUGACCGAGGGGUUGGUGCAAUCUGUCACUUGGCCGAGUUACAAGAUGGCGCUUCCUACAGCCCGCUUGAACGAUAAGGCUAAUUACGACUACCCCAAGGAGCCGCCACUGGGUGAAGUUUUUACGGCAUGUGUCUUUGGCCAUUACGUAUUAGCUCACGAACUUCUUCCUCUGCUCUGCCGCCAAUCCGAAGCCGAGACACCAGGCCGUUUGAUCUGGUCUAGUAGUCUCGAGGCUAUUGAGCGUGUCCUGGACAUGUCCGACUUUCAAGGCUUCAAAUGUGAGGGCCCGUACGAAUCAGCCAAGCGAGUAACGGAUAUUCUUUCUCUCACUGCGACCCUUCCCGCUUCUCUACCGUCGUCAAAUCGUUUCUUCACCCCUGACGAUCCUGCUGAAGCCCGUGCCAAGCCCAUCCGGCCGCGCAUGUACCUCACUCACCCGGGUAUCGUUGCCAGCACACUGUUUCCAGUUCCCUGGUUUUUCAUGUGGGCGUACGAACUUGCGCUCUUGAUAAGUCGUUGGAUCGGUUCGCCUUGGCACAACACAGACAGCUAUACUGGUGCCAAGUCGCCAGUUUGGAUUGCCCUACAGGAACAAUCUGCGCUGGACGAACUGGACGCUGAGCGCAUCAAAUGGGGUAGCAGUUCAAACCGUCACAUGCAAGUUGAAGUUAAAAAGACAGAAGUUGAAGGAUGGGGCUGGGAGGGCAAGGUCGAAGAUGCAGUAGCACUCAACGCUGAUACCGCUGUUGGUGUUUUCAAAAAGACAGCUGGGCGUAAAAGGGGAGCUGUUGACGUUACCAAGGAAGAUAUCGUCAAGUUUGAGGAACUGGGUGCUGAGUCAUGGAAAAAUAUGGAAGAAAUGCGACACGAGUGGGAGAAUAUUCUUGGCGUCAAAAAGGCAUAG